AGUCCCUCCGCCUCUGCGGACGUCGCGAUGAGCGAUCGAUCACUGAGGUCAUUCGAUCGCGUUUGGGGAUUUGAGCUCUUGGCUUGAAGGCGAUCUCUCCGCGGAAGGUCGAACAUCGAGAACCCGCUUCUUGAUGCGCGCCUUCCCACCCCAGUUAGGUCGAUGGUCGACGUGGCACGAAUCUGGGGUAGGAGAGGUGGCAGCAGCAGCCUUCGCGGGCAGCGGCGAUCGUCAUCGGCGGUGGAACGUGUCCCGGCUGCGCCGACGAGCUGACGUGGCUGGCGCGCAGCGCCGCGUCUCGCGACGCGGACGACCUGCAGCGUCGUUUGCUGACGUGGCAAGGCUAGGGUUGAGAGUUCCUCCUUGAGGCUUCCGUGGUGCUGUCCCUACAACUACCUCGUUAGAGACAGAGAGAGAGAGAGAGAGAGAGGUGGUGCGGUCCGUACAACUACCUCGUAAGACACACACGCACACACACACACACACAGAGAGAGAGAGAGAGUGAGAGAGAGAGAGGUGGUGCUGUCCGUAGAGCUACCUCGUAAGAGAGAGAGAGAGAGAGAGAGAGAGAGAGAGAGAGAGAGAGAGAGAGAGAGAGAGUAGGUGUGAGCUAGGUAUAGCGCGGCGAUGGCGAACUCGACGGGAGAGAUGGGUAUGGCGGAUCAAGAGGAUAGAGUUGCGGAGUUUCUUGGGCAGCUGCCAGAGCGAGUGAGAGCGCGGGUGAGUACUUUGCAGGGGCUCCAAGCUGAGCACGAUGCAUUGGAAACCCGGUUCCAUGAGGAGGUGGCUGAACUUGAGAGGAAGUAUGAGCUCCUGUAUGCUCCGUUCUACAAAGAGCGUGCCAAGAUUGUCUCCGGGAAAGAUGACAAAUCUGGCGGCGGGCCUGUCUCCGCCAAAGAAGCUGCAGCAGCAGCAGCAGGAGGAGUAGGUGGUGUUAACUCUGUUGCUCAUGGUAUUCCCAGCUUCUGGCUGACGGCGAUGAGUAAUUACCGUGACAUUAAAGUGCAUAUGACGGAGAAGGAUGCAGAAGCUCUCAAGUACUUGGAAGAUAUCAGGUGGAGCAGAUUAGAUGGGGAUAACCCUCAGUCUUUCAAGCUGGAGUUCGUCUUUGCUGCCAAUCCUUUCUUCACGAACAGUGUGUUGACGAAGACCUAUUUUAUGGAAGAGGAAGAUGAUGAUUCUGUGCUUGCACGUGCUGCUGGCACUGUCAUUAAUUGGAAGGAGGGAAAGAACCUCUGCGCGUCGACAGAGCCCGUUAAGCGCGGUGGGAUGAAGAGCUUUUUUGCGUUCUUUAGCCCUCCUGAUAUCCCCGACGAUGAGAAUUCUCUGGAUGAGGAAGAGGCUAUGGACCUUCGAGAUGAGUUGGAAGAGCACUGUGAGCUUGGAAUAGCAAUCAAGGAGCAAUUAAUACCUAGGGCAGUGUCGUGGUACACAGGGGAGGCAGUGGAGGAUGAGGAGGAGGAGGAGGAUGACGAUGAUGAGGAGGAUGAUGACGAUGAUGGAGACGAUCAAUAAAAGGGGGUGGCAGGGUCGUGCUCACACUCGUGGACCUUCUUCGACGUAUCUGACCCCGCGUCGCGACCAGAUUCCGCUCUGGAAAGUUGCUGGUUCCUCGUGGAGAUUUUUUGCCCUAAUUUUCUAGCGGGGGCAGUUAAUGAACGGGCGUGAGAGAGUAAUUAUUAGCAUGAUGAAGGACUGAAGGGUUUUGAGUAUACCUCUCCGUGCAGCCUUGCUUAGGAGGAAGGAAGAGGUGAAAGAGGAGGGAGAAAAAGGGACAGACUGGACUGCUGCCGCGCGCGGGGGUUUUCGAUAUAUAGAUAGGUGAGGAGGAACUUAGUCGCUGUCGCGUCCCGAUGACGAGUUUGCAGUCGUGCAGCCUUGCUGGGGCAAGAAGCGCUGGAAUGGAGGAGGGAUGAAAAGAGGAGUAAGAGGAAGAGGAGAAGAGGGAGAGCAGGAGGAAAGGAGGGAGAGGAGGAGGAGGGAAAGAGAGAGUACAAAGGCGCGCAGACUGGACGACACAGAAGAAGCGGUGGAAAUGAGGUAGAAUAGGAAGGGGCAAAGAGGAGGGGAAGGAGGAAGAGGAGGAAGACGAGGGAACGAGGAGGAGGAAGAGGAGAGAGAGGACGAAAAUAGGAGGAAGAGGAGAAGAGGAGAAGAGGAGAAGAGGAGGGAGAGGAGGGAAAGAGUUGAAAUGCGCGUAGCCUUGCUGACAUAAGGAAGGGUGGAAAAGAGGUAGAGGAAGAGCCAAAGAGGAGGGAGGGGGGGUGGGUAGGAAGAAGAGGGAAAGAGGAGGAAGAAGAGGAGGACAAAAAGAGGAUGAGGAUGAGGCGGAGGAAGAAGAGUAAACGAAGAGGAAGACGAGGUUGGAAAAGAGGAGGAAGACGCGGGAAAGAGGAGGUGAAGGGGGGGAAAGAGGAGGAGAAAAAGGGAGUGGAGAGAGGAAAAGCGGAGGAAGAGGAGAAGAUGUGGGGAGGGGGAGAAAAAAAGAAGGGGAGGCGUCACAGUGCGUGCGGAUUUGCAGUGUAGGCAGGUUGGUUCUUGUUUGCGCACUUGUGCUCUGUGCCGGCUGCGUCUUGGGCUACUAUCUUGCUUGCUGGGUUAUGGAGGGAGGAGGAAGACAGGAGGACGAUGAGGGAGAGGAGAGAGAGGGGAGAAGGGAGAAAGUGUGCAGCCCACGUGGCAGUAGUAAAAGAGAUGAUUUGGG